UCAGGGAACUUCACUUAAGAGUGGUAGGUUCGAAAUCUCUAUUCGAUUAUAUAAAAAAAGUAUAUUCGUAUAAACAACCGUAUUAAUAACCUACUUUAAAAAAAGAGUUUAUUUAUUUCAACACAUAAACAUUAGUACAAUAAGGGACCAAAUAUAUAGGCCACAUGAAUUAUUCUAUUUGUGUAAGGGCUGGGACACUGCACGAGUGUCCAAACCAAAGUAGGUGAUUUUCCUAAGGGGUCACCCCCCCGAAUCCACAAGGCAAUAAACCAACGUUAGAUGAUGCAGUCACAUAGUAGCUGGUGACCAACAAUAGGUCCGUGCUCCAUUUGUUUCCUUGGUGUCAUGGAGCUCAUGUGCACCAUUGGUUUGGAAUCAAGGUUUUCCAACCUUCCCAGGUGAACCUCCGUGUUUACCAACUCAGUUAAAGGGUCGGACAUAAGCUUUCUUAAACAACAACUCUAAUUGGCGGUGUUAUCACGUUUAUAAACCAACAGGACAUCCAGGAGGUCACAAGUUAUAACAUCUGUUUACUUACGGUAUUUUAAUACAAGAAAUCUCACUCUCAAACGUCACAGUAUAUACACAAACUAAAUCGCCCUGAAACUUAUCAAAUCUUUUGACAUUCCCAAGCCUAAACCUUCUCAAUCGAUAACUCAUGAAAAAUGCUGCAGUUGAAACUCUUAUUGGUUCUUUUUGAGUCCUAGUAUUUCGGUCCAUCUACCACCUGAUAGGACACGUAAGCUAACACAAGUAACCUUGAGCAGUGACGACACAAUCUUAAAUACUCGUGGUCCGUCAAUACAAGCAUUUAUCCUUCCUUCUUGACUUCGGAUGAGAACACCACAAAAUGAGUCUCGAAAAUCUAAUCAUAUUCAAGUUGUUGAAGAGGAUAAGCGAUCAAAACUUCCAUCAAACUGGGAAGUACGACAAAAACGAUUACAAUGGGAGGAAGAAGAUGAAAUAUUUAGAUUGGAAUGUAAUCAACAAAAAAUUGAUCCAGAUCGAAUGCGUGCAUUAAAUGUUAGUGCAGAGAUAGCCGAUCGUCUUGAAACAAGACGAAGAAAAAAAUGUAAUACAGAUGAAGGAUUUUCAACAUAUGCUGAUGCAUCACAUCGUAAAUAUCUUAAAAUGACUAAACAGAUUAAACCAGAUUUGGUUGCUUAUCAAAAGGAGAAAGAAAAACUGGGAGAUUUAGCCUUUCCAACUGCUGAUACAAUAGGAUUAACAGAUCGCAAAGACGCACCUGAAGCUGUUGAGCGUCUAGCUAAACAAAUAAUUGAACAAGGUGUCAAGCGUAAAGCUUACAGUCGGAGACGUCCAUUCGAUGCAGAUGCUGAUAUUGACUAUAUUAAUGAGCGUAACAAACGAUACAAUGAGUUACUUGACCGACAUUAUGGGAAAUAUACAGCUGAAAUUAAACAAAACCUUGAAAGAGGCACAGCCAUAUAAUUUAUUUGGAAAACACUUUGUACAGUUCUUGUAUUGUAGAAGAACUUAUUGUCUAAUUUAUGUUUAUUUUGUCAAGAAAUGGGUUUUGUUUAUCGUAACUUUCAUUUCAUAUCCAGAAAUUGCACAAGGAUGCUGAAUUUUUUUAAACAUUAUUUUCUGAUUUAAGUUGACUAUUUUUUCGAAACAUCCAUUAGCAGUUGAAAUAAUCUCACUUUGAUUUCAGUGUUACGUUAGAACUGAUGUGAUGGUUGUAUUUAAAUCAUAACAAUUAGAUAGUACCUGUUAGAAUCGUUCAUCUUAGCUUCUUCAGGAGAAGCGGCUAAAAAUUGUAUCCUUUGGCAUAUGGUCCUCAAGACAAUAAAAAGAUACAAGUAAGAGAUAAUCUCAUGUAUAUUUGUCUUCAACGUUAAUUGAUGCUAUUAAUGUUGUGACGCAGUAUGCGAGUGUUAGAACUGAUACAUAAUUUGCUUUUCAUAUGAGCUCAACCGGCCACUCGAGUGGAAAGAAUGAAUGAGAAAGGCAGCUUACCGACCAAACCGAAUGACAUAUUGCUUACGCCUGUUACCCUUCGUGAAGCAGCAUAAGCCGCCCACUAGCAUUCUCCAUCCAACUCUGCCGUGGUCAAUCCUUUCCAGUUGAUACUCAUUCUUUUCACGUUCGUUUCCAAUUCUCCACCCAGUGUGUUCUUUGGUCUUCAUCUUUUCCGUUUCCCUUCAGGACUCAGUUAGCGAUUGCCUCACGAUGCAGUUUAAUUUCUGCAAUGUAUAUUCUGUCCAUUCUCAGCAUCUUUUCAGAUGGAAGCUCGUUUGUCCUCUCCAACAGAAGGCUGUUGCUGAUGGUAUCCAGUCAACACACAUUCGACAUCUUGCGUAGACAAUUGUUUGUAGAUACUUUUACCUUUUUUGGUGAUGGUUGUGGUAGUUCUCCAAGUUUCAGCUCCGUAUAGUAAAACUGUCUUGACGCUCGUAUUGAAGAUUCCAAAUUUUAUAUUGGUUGGCAGUUGUUUUGAGCUCUAUAUGUUCUUCAACUAUAGGAGUGCCGCCCCUGCUUUGUCAUUCCUUGCAUUUACGUCUGCAUCGGAUCUUUCUUGUUUAUCAAUGAUGCUGUCCAGGUAUGUGAAAUCUCCCACCCCCUCUAGAGACUCUCCAUCAAAUGUGGUUGGGCUAGUGUUAUCCAUGCUUUGCUUGAGGACGUUGCUUUUUCCCUUGUGUAUGUUGAGGCCUGAUAAUGCAGAGGCUGCUGUUGCAUAUGGAAUAGGAGAGCUAGGUCAUCUGCGAAGUCCAAA